UUGUUCACUGCACUGAGCCUCUUUCCACCGAGUUUACCUUACUAUCGUGGGUAAAGUUAUUGUCGGGUACCCCGUGGGGUUUAAAGUUCAGCUAACAGUAGCAGGUAGUUAGCUUUACAUCUUCACCGACAACUUUUUGUCACAAUGGCAGCUUUGUGCCACCCACGACGUGCCUUGGUGGAAAUACCUGCUCCACAGCCGAAAAUUGCCGCUCGAAUGAGGAGAUCUUACCUGGAGAUUUUAGGUGCUCGUUUGGCUCCAUCGUCCCCACUGCCAAGAGGGAGACAUGCACCUUCAAACACAAGGCGUUCACAAUCAUUGGACUUAUCCAUCGGUGGGAUGUGGAGCGGGAGGUUGGAGGAGCAGUGCGAGAAGAUGGAUGAGCAGCAUACGCCUCUCUCCCAGCAGCAGCUCGUGCAGCUAAUCAGAUCUCUCAUCUUAGUCGAACAGAGCCAAGAGCCCCGGAUCCUGGCAGCUGACCUGAAGUACCUCCAGGAAGACCUGCAACUAAAGAAAACAAAUAUCUACAGAUCCAUACCUUACUCACGGUUCGGCUCCAACAGGGACGCUCACUGCUACAGAAAGGCGUACCCACACCUGCUGGCGUUCAAAGUUUCCUGUCAGGAGUGGGGCCAGGUUCUCCUGAGGAACAAAGAGUGGGACGCCGUGAUGGAGCACACCCUGAUGGCGUGGCGCUACACCAGCGAGUUGCCGCAGUGGGAUACGGCGAACCACAACGCCCUCCGGGAGCAGUGUUACGGCAUCCUGGCGGCUCACAGCCUCACCGCACUCCAGCACUACAAACCUGAAUCGAGCAGAGGACGAGAGCUGCUCAGGAGGUUAAAGACGGCUCAGGUGCACAGCCAAUCCGUCGUGCCCUGUAUCCAGGAGCUGCAAAGGAUUAUGGGAUGUGCUGAUGACUCUCCUGUGGACACAAAAUAACACUUUUUCCAAACCCGCUGGUCUACUACACCACAGUGAAAACAAAUGGGCGUCAUGCAUGAACUGCCUGAACGAUAUCUGUGUGGCACAAAGUCCAGAACAUUUUGACAGUGUUUGAAAACCUGCCACUCUUUCCCUCCAAAGAAAAGGGCGGGGAAAAAAGUGACAGGUAAUGAAAUCUGCCGUCAUCAUAAGUCAAAUCAAAUCAAAAGCCUCCUGUUUAUUACAUUACAUUCUCACACAACUUGAAAGUAUUUAUGAGGACUUUUUUUUUGGUUGAACUCUGCAGCUCAAUGCUUCAUAUUAUUACAAAAUAAAAGCCUUUUUACAGGAACGUACACUGAGAAGAUGUGGCAUCGGCCCCAGAGCUGGGAACAAAAUAUCUAUUUUUAGAACUUUAUAGAAAACCUUUGGCAUUGAUGUAAAUGUUUAAAGUAUGAAAUGGCUUUCUCCUCGCCUUCUAUAAGGGUGUGUGUAUAUAUGUCCUCGUUACCGUUCACAAUACUUGAACCUUUGGAUGUCUGUUUUUUAUAUGUACGUCUCUUGUCUUUGUCUCUGAUUGCACUGUUUCUGCUUGUCCUGAAAACUUGAAGAUUUUUGAUAAAAUAGAUCCUUAAUUUCAAUAAAGUUGUUAAUUUGUA